CUUACAAAAACUGAAGUUGUUUUUUCCAUCACCUCAUUGCUUUUCUAGCUUCAUGAAGGCUUUUGUGGAUACUCCAGGAGUUAAACUCUGUUCUCCAUGGAACGGGUUUAGGUCAUCAUCUUAUUUUUCUUCAAGAAAAGGGAGGGUGUCUGUGCAUGGCUCAGGUCCAGCCUUUUCAGUAAUAUUUGAUAGACUGGGAGAUCCACAGAAAUCAGCUUUGUUGUGUAAUGUAGCUUUUUGGGUGCAGAUGCUUGACUCCUUCACAGCAGCUGCACAGCGUGUCAUGCUGACAUCUGUAACACUGGACAAACACCAAAGUGGCAAGUAAGUGCAAAACGUCAACAAGUUGGGGAAAAACUUUUUUUUUUCCCCAUCUCUUUCGUUUUCCUCUUUUUUGUUGUUGUUUUUUUUUUUUUGCUGCUGUUGGAGCAAGAAUGGGUCAGCUGUGUGGACGGUGCAUGCAGCUGCUGCGCAGCUUCGUGGCCUUCGUUCAGAAGAUGUCUUCGGAGCUGGUGCACAGCGUGAAGGAAUGCUUAGCUCUGAUAAGCGAGUGCUCCUGCUUGAAACAGAAUGCCUCAAAGACCAGACAGCUGUACAAGCCCAUGCUGCAGCCUCAUGAGCGGGUGACAGCACAGGAAUUUCUGCAGCAAAUUGAAAGAGGUUUUGAGAUGUCACCACUGGGAAAGGACCCUCUGGAAGCCUUGAGGAUCUUAGCUUUUUCUGAAAACCCAGGUCUACAGCAGUCUGCUGCUCUCUAUUAUUUGCAUAUGAGCCAGCACAUGAAUGUUCCCCUGCCAGCAGAGCAUCUAGAGCCCUUCUAUGCCUUACUGCGCUCUGCUGACCUGGAGGUGCAACAGAUGUCUUCUUUGUCCCUUGUCAACUUUUUGCUGGAAGGAAAUAUUGACAAAGAAAUGGUUAUCCAAAUGGGUUUACUUGAGCCAAUUCUGGAUCUGCUUGAGUCAGAGGAUCCCACUGUCCAGUGUAAUUCCUGUGCCUGCACAAUGACUUUAGCUGUUUCAGAAUCCAACCGAGAGGCUAUCGCUGCUGCUCGAGGAGUUACACCUUUACUGUCUCUUGCCAACUCCUAUGAUCCUAGAGUACAACAAAAUGCAGUUGGUGCUAUUCUCAACCUUACGCAAUCAGAGAGGAUCCAACUGGUCUUGUGCAAGGAAGGAGCCCUGCCAGUUCUCACCUUGCUGUUGGAGUCCCCUGACUCAGAAGUGCAGUAUUAUAGCUGUGCUGCCCUAAGCAACAUAGCAGCCAACACUCAGCACCAUGAGGCCAUGCUGAGAAUUGGUGACAGAUUCCUGCUGCGCAUGCUCAUCUCUCUUCUGUCUUCCUCUGUGGACAAGAAGGUUUCAAGCCAGGCAUGCGUUUGCCUAAGAAAUUUGGCUACCAGGGCAGACACACAGGCAGAGCUGGUUGCCAAGGAUGUCCUGCCCAGGCUGUGCUCUCUCCUGGUGUCCAGCAGUGAGGAUGCGUGUCGUGCAGCUGUCGCUCUGCUCUGGGUGCUGUCCCAGCACCCACAUAACCAGGAUGCUCUGGUGUGCACUGAGCUACUGCAGAGCCUGGGGAUGCUCCUGUCAGUGCACACAACAGACCCUGUGAUUGCUGGCCACGCUGCUUGCAUCAUCAAAAACCUGAACCUUUCCAAGAACAGACAGAGAAUCAUUGAGAGCCCAUGUGUUGAAGGUCUCCUCCAGACCAUGCUUUCUAUUGACAUUGAAGAAAACUCUCUUCAUUAUGUGACGUCUUGCCUUGCUGAGCUGGCAAAGCAAGGAGGCACAUUAUGCAUGGUCAAAUGGAUGAAUGAACCCUUGACAAAGCGCUUGGUAAGACUGGCUGGCCAACGGGAACAUACCGAGACAUCCUUUCAAGCUGCCUCCAUCAUCCAGCACAUGAUAGAUCACGAAAAGAUGAUGCUUUUGUUGAAGUGUCACAUCAUUGAGAUUCAGGCCUACCUCAGGAACUUUCUUACCCACCAAGAGGUUCGCUUCCAGCAGCUGGCCAUUUCCACAUUCUGCAGACUGCAGGCAGAUCCAGAAUUCUCAUUAGCAUUCAGGAAAAACCAAAUGGCCAAACUCCUCGAGCAAGUCCGUCAACAGACAGAAGAAACUCAAGAGCUCCUUAGGGCAGCUAUUUGCCAUGCAGAUAGUUAAAAUUUAAACCAGAUAGCUUAAAAAACUUACCAGAUCCAAGAGCCUGAUCUUUUAGAGAUGACUGUCUUCAUUGGUUCCUGUAGCUUAACUGCUCCUGUUUCUUGCAAUUUCCUGGUAUGAACAUGGUGCACAGCACCUUUAUAAAGCAGAGAUGUUCCAAUAACAAGAAUGGGACCAGAUCAAAAAGCAAACACAAUAUAACAGCUCCCAUGAAAGACUUGUGAAAUGUGUAUAUGAAGACAGAAAUCUGUUUUCUGCAAAUGGCACAUUAUUACACAUACUAUACACAUAGGUCCUUGCAAAAGGGAAAGUGAACAAAUUCGACAAAAUUACACAUUAAUGUUAUACUCUGUUAAUUCAUUUUGAAAGAAGUUAGAGGACCAAUACAUGUAGUAGUAUGCUUAGCUCUAAAUUCAUCUGUCUUGAAUUCGUGAUGUGUAUACAGGUUCAGACUGCUCAUGCCUCCCCUAUUCUCCAGGGGGCAGUGAAUCUGUCUCAUGGAUCUUCUUGCCAAUCAAAACAGUAUUUUUCAGAAGAAAAAAACAAACAAACAAAAAAAAACAAAACAAAACAAAAAACAUACCAAAGUCCAGAGUCUUGAACUUGUGGAGCACUGCUUUUUGGUUUUUUUUUAAAUAUAUUUUUUAAUGUUUUAAUUUCUAGGAGAAAGCUAACCUAUUAAUAGUUGUCUACUACUACUAAUAAUUCAGUAGUAAUCUAUUUCCUUCUUCAAAACAUACAAUACACUUCUUUUUUCAAAUUCAGGAAGCCGGUUGAAGCUUCUUGUUAGACUGGCUGGAAUACUGUAGUUUUACAACAAUAGAAUUGGCAAAUCUCUGCUCCCAGAUUGCACAGUUUCUUUUAAAAGAAACUGUCUUUUAAAAAAAAAAAAAAAAAAAAAAGUACAGCUUUAGAGUUGCUACUGGCUACAAACAUGGAAUACAAAUUGAGUGAGAUGUUGGAAAACAUCUGCCAACUAAGAUCUCACUAUAACAUUUUACUUUGGCCCAAAUCUUUACGCUGAGCUUAGGAGCAUGGGGAGACAUUUUAUUUGGGUAAAGUUUCAUUUCAGCAAUUGCAAAUUCUCUCCAAUUAUAAGGUCUAAAAACAUACAAACAAACCCAGCCCCAAACAGGUACAAGUUUCUCUACAGCACAGCAAAAAGACUAGUUAAAGAACAGAUAGCUGUUAGAUAAAGCAGUAUGGAAUUUUCAAUACUCAUGUGUAGCAGACAGGAAAUUUCUUUAGAAACAUCACAUGAAAGACCCAUGCACCUAAUGAUGCAUGUUGGUGCAGUUGGGUUCUUAGAACAGAGGACCAAAAGGAGCUGACUGAUGCAGAUAGGGAUGAAAGCAGGAGAUCUCCAACUUUAGGCCACCUCCUUGGAUGAUUUUAGAUCAUUUUCUAAACAGAAAACCAGUGCAACUUUUUAUGACCACUGUGGUAUAAGUGAAGACUUUGGAGUGUCUUCUCUCUGUUUUUCUUAGCUAUUUAAUUGCAAACUUUACUUCAAUAUCUUUGCAAGAAGCAUAGUUGUUGUGAAAGGUCACUCACUACUCCAUACCUUCAGAAAAACUCUAAUUUCUACAACUACUGAUUCUACCUCUCAGAACUGUUGAUUCCAAACAUACAAAUAACGAAACAGAUGCAACAGCAGGCAAAAAAGCUGGCAUUCAUUUUAUACUGCACUUAUUACUGAUAACAAUAUUCAAAUCUUCCAGCAUUUAAAGAAGGGGGUUAAACCCAAGAUUUAAUUUUUUUUUAUUUUUAUUUUUUUUCAUAUUUUUGGGCUUUCACACCUACAUCUAUACCCAUUCUGUGGACUUCAGUUUGCAGCUGGGUCCUUGAAAGAGAACAUUUGUUUUCCCCUUUUAUUUGAAGCAAACCUGGAAUGAAUAUAAUUAUACAUUGUUUUAUUUGCGGUCCAGUGCAAAAACCACAUAAAAAAUGAAGCAAGCUCUUCAUCUUUGUGCUUUAAACAGCAAAGUGAGUGUUCUGAUGUCUCAUAAAAAUAGUCGAGAUCAAUACAGCUUAUGCCUGAGCCUAAAUGAAUCCUUGGACCAAAAAAAAAAUGAAGGUAAAUCUUACUGGCAACAUCUUUGUUGUGUUCAUAGCUGUAAGUAAUCCUGUACUGAUUUUUCAAUAAAGAGAUCAGAGGAAAACUAAAAACUAAAGAGGUUUUACGCAUACCAGGAACAUGAAGAAGAGUUUUCCACCACAGACUGACUCCCGCUUCAAGUAUGCAAGAAAAUCAAAGUAGAAAUAGAAAUAUUUCAAACAAGUUUUAUUUGGUACUCACAUGCUAUAAAGGUUUAAAGGAAAACUACAUAUUUUGGACACUUUAAAAUAUUGUGGCUAUGUACAUGGAAAAUUAAAGAAAGUGAGUAUGGAAUCCAAUUAA